UUAUUACCUGACAAGUGUUUAUGCAAACGGCCGACACGGACAAAUGAACCGCUGUGUCAAUACCUGAAUGUUGACCCCACGCUAUGACGUGCAUGUUGAACUUUUGUUCUCUCAAUUCUAAUUGUAUCAUACAGUCAACGAGCAAGUAUUGCGUGAAAACGUCCCAUAGGAGUCUGUUUUGGCCAAGACAACGACGAACGUUCGAACUGUAUACAACUGGAAUCUGUUUUGAAACCUGUUGAUGAGGAACCACCACCUUCGAAGCUUCCGGGUUCGAAGCAGACGAAACGUUAAGAGAUUUUAGCAGAUGCCGAAGCACUAGUGUCAGCAUGGGUGACCGACCUAUGAGCGAACAUCAUAAACUGAUCCUCCGUCACAACAGAAGAAUCAUCGUCGAAAAUCUCAAUGUCACAUCCGUGUUAGACUACCUAUUCCAGGAGGAUGUGCUCACCGACGAUAUGAUGCAAACUAUAGGUGCAAUUCCUGAGCAAAGGACAAACGAAAGGGUCAGAGAAUUGCUAGACAUUCUUCCGUCAAGAGGUGACAGGGCGUUUGUAGUCUUUUGCCAGGCACUCGACAAUGGCUAUGGCUAUUUGGCAGAUAUUCUAAGGCAUGCCGAACGGACGUCAACCCGGGAAGACCAGACUGAUUCGAAUUCAGGCGAGAAGGAUGAGGAGUCUAGAUCUACUGAUGAGGUAGCGUUGGAAACGCCAGAAACUGCAGAUGACCCGCAUUCGACGACACAACCCAACACGGUUUCAACACCCGACGCAGGGUCCCGAGAACUCAAACAUUUGGAUAGCCUCGACCGAUCUUUGCCGGUUGAGGAGCUAGUGCCGAUGAACAUACCUCCCGUGGUCGAGGCCUGUGCAAUGGCACUGAGGGACCAUUACCGGUCAACAUACAACGAGUAUUACCCACUAAGCUGGUAUGCCUUUCGUCUGGAUACAGAAGGCGUCUACAUACCCAAUCAGCUGACAAGAAUUGACCGCCCAUCGGCAGCCACGAUGGAUCCAAUAUCAGAGAAGGACCUGUCAUUGGAUACAAAAAACACGCUGCUUCAAGGCCCACCAGGGACAGGAAAGACUACGUUCAUCUACCACCAGGCGUACAAGUGGGCUAAAGACGAGAAUCCAAGGCUGCAAGACGUCGUGCUUCUAUUCGUCCUAUCAGCACGAAGCAUAGGAGACAGGAACGUGCUGGAAGAAGCCUGUGACCAGUUGCUACCCAGAGGCUUUCUCGACGAAAGAAAGGCAAAAGAUCUUGAGAAAUGGAUCGAAUUAAACCCAGGCCGAACCAUGUUUAUGAUCGAGAAUAUAGACGAGACCCCAAACGUCACAGAGCAGGACGUAAGGAUGCCGUUAAAAACGCAGAACCCAGUCCUACAGUUUCUGCAAAGGAAGUAUCUGCCCAAAACACGGAGGGUGUUCACUACAAGAAGCACAGAACUGACAACUGAAGGAUCAAGACCACUAUCAAUCCACAUUCCUCCGCUCUUCGAUGCUCACUACAUCUUCAACGGCUUCUCGGACGAGGCCAGAACCGAGUACAUUGAAAGGUUUUUCGGUGGCAAUGAUGAGAAGGUUCAGAGUCUGAAAGAAGCCGUCGCCGUGGAUGAAUGUCUUCAGGAAAUCAUCAGCAACCCAUUGUACGCAGUAUUGAUUUGCUUCCUGUGGGAGAAUGAUCAGGAAAAACCAAGCACAUGUACAGAGAUUUUCAGCAAGGUGAUAGACCUCCUUGAGAGAAGGUAUCUCGAACAAUCUGGUCAUAUUACCAAGGACGCUGUAAGGAGGUGUCUUUGCAAUCUUGAAAAGUUCGGAUGGGAUUCGAUUGAACAGGACAAGUAUGACUUCAGCAUUGACGAAGUCAAAGACACCAUUGGAACUCUUCCUAUCAAGAUGGGCCUGAUCGUGAAGGACCCCGUAAGAAUAGAGGACCUGUAUAAGUUCCAACACAAGACAUUCAAAGAGUACUUCGCGGCAAAGUACGUCAUGACCAGGCCAGAGGACGAUGCAUGUCAUCGUAUGCUGUGGUCCCCAGAAUGUACAAGUGGGCAGAAAUACACCAAUGUCUGCCUAUUUGCAGCUGGCAUUCUACAGUCAUCUUGCAAAGGGCUUUUCGAAGCGAUGCAAGCAUGUCUUUUGGAGAUGAUGCGUAAGCCGGCACCAAAGUGUUGCAUUCAUGACGUCAUCACCCGUGCGUGCUGGGCCGUGAGCGAAUCCGGUGAAAUGGCAGCGAAUGCUCCUCUUGUGGCAGAGUCCUUGCCCGAGGAUAUCACCCUUGACUUUCAGCGCAGACCGCCCAAACCUGGAGCCAUUCGUGGACUUGCAGAAGUGGUCAAGGUUCUCCCUGCAAAGACGCUUAAAGCUGUGGAUCUUGGAGAGAUGUGGAUUCCACAUGCAAAUGAGUUGAAAGGUCUGGGAAGAGCUCUGGCUAAGACCAAAGGUGUCAAAUCUCUGACUGCAAACGUAACAAGAAUGGACAUGUCUCUGUCCAAUCCAGAAGAGAAGGACAAUAGUGGUAUCCUGGCCUUUCACCAAGGCAUCGCCAAAAACAAAAGCAUAACGCACCUGACAAUCGAAGCCAGCAUCGACACGAUGAGCGAAGAAGCUAUCACGGCAAUACCUAAAGCUGUGCAGGGAAACACAACUGUCACAGACCUUCGACUUCUUAUCUUCUUUGCGAAGCUGUGUUCGGACAGAUGCGUGAAUAAGAUUACAAAUUGUAACAGAGAGCAGAACGCCAAGGUAUUCUUUAAGUCCUUUGCGGAAACGCUGGCGUCCAACAGAACACUACAAUCUUUACAGCUUAGCAGCUAUAUCCUUCGCCACAGAAUGGCUAUAGAUCCACUGGCACCAGCGAUAGCACAUCACCCAUGUCUGAGGUCGUUAACCGUAUCUGGCCCAUGGAGCGGUCGAGGGCACUUUGAACACGAUGGUACAAACGCACUGGCACACAUUCUUAGGAAUACAAAGACCCUUUCCUCUGUGACCAUUCGAUUACAGUCUUUCAGCACAACAGAAGUGGACACAGACCGCGCGAGCAUCCUCUUCACUGCCCUUAGCACUUGCAAGACUCUGGAAAAGGUCAAGCUCGUCUUUACCUGGAUGUUCGCACGGGAAAAGCUCCUGGUGGCAGAUUUUGUCAGAGAAAGCCAAACCCUGAAAGAGUUGACGUUGGAGUGGAGAAGCAUGAGCGAAGCCUUCCUCCUCGCGCUGUGUGAAGCGAUCAGGCAGCAAGCAACGGGAAGCCUACAGAAGCUGGUGUUAACGGGGAGGUUCGCGGCCAGAGGGCAGGCUGAGCUCGGGAGGACAUUUGCCAGGAGCAAGACUCUCCAGUGUCUAGAGCUGCACGGGAAUCCUUUCAUAGAUGAAGGACUACAGGCUUUCAUAGAUGCAGUGAGCGAGAUUCAAGGCUCUUUCCAUGGGCCACCACGCCAGGUGCUAGUGAGGGGGUCAGUAGAAGGCGCGCGCGCAUCAAAUGUGAUCCAAUCUACUCAACUAGCGGAAGCAACGCUCCCAGACUUUCCAGAAAUCAACAUUGUGAUCGAGGAUCUAACCCCAGUUGCACCAGACCCGUUAACAUAUGUACCAAUGGGGCUGUCAGAGUGGUUAUAAUAAGCAUUUUCACUGUUUGAACAUGCGCGAGGUCAAAGGUAAAGUUCUCUAACUUGUAAAUAGGUCUGGUCUCGACCAUUCUUAAAACAAAGUGUAAACGUGCUUUGGUUUAUGUCUCAGGGGCCUUCAACUUUGACCUAUCACAAGUGCUUUUUUGAAGUAUAGUUGAAAGGCUUCAUUGUAAAUAUUGUACUAGACCGAUUUCAAAAGGAGCACUUAGAUUAUAGUAAGUAGUAGGAAAUACAUGAUUUGUUUACAUAAUGUUGUACGAAUAACAAAAUUAGUGUGACCCGUGUCUCUCUACUCACAAUAUUCUGGGCUGAGAGUACGUAUAUGUAUAUGAUAUAUAGCUAAUUCUUGUACCACUGUAUAGAUCACUCGGCGGUCAACAAACAUAUUAUGACGACGCCAUUCUCUCUGUUGUACAAUGUGACGUUUGCACCUUCAGGACAUCGGUGCCUUUUGCCAAAUGUAGUGCCUUUAACCACGGAAAGACAUAAGCAUAUGCCCCAGCAGAUUUCUGUAACAGGUUCAGAAUAUUUGUCUUCAAAUCAAUAAAGAUGGUGACUUCUUUUGUA